AUGACCUUCCUCGCCAGCGCCCAAGAUGUUCGCAUUGAAGAUGACCAUGUCCUAAAAGGACAACUACAGAACGUGGAAGGCGAGUGGGAGGACGCAGAGAUAGAUCUCGAUCAGUUCAUUGCGAAUGACAAUGGACGAUUGGCUUGGGAUGGGGAGAACUUUUCUGGGUCCGCCGAGGAAGUUUCAUUCUCAAUCGAAGGCGAUGGAGACGUUCCAGUUUUGAGAGCUGUUCUUCACUCCGAGGAUGGCGCACAGCAGUCGGAUCUCAAUUUGGCGGAGCGUCUUGAGAAUCACAAUGGUAGCUUCGUUUUUGUGUGA